AUGUUAAGACCCUGUGCAGAGAAAGUUAGCAGAACGUAUGGAGAGUGUGAUAUGAUAGAGAUUAAUCACUGGGAUUUGAUUACUGCAUGGGUUUCACCAAAAAAAAUCGAUUUAGCCAAAUUUAUUAGUUCCGCUUUACAAGAUCAACCCUCUCAACUCUACUUCAUCGACGCCACUAAUUCAUUCCCCAUACGAGAAUUCCAAAGAGAAACGCCUGUAGCAACCAAUAAGGACGUCUACGAUAAUAUUCGCAUAAUCACAUGUCUGGAACUUGAAGAGUUGACUAUCUUAGUUAAUAAAAUCAUCCAAACAAUUCAAUUGAAUAAGAUUGAAAGGCAAAAGAAGAAAAGUCAGAACAAUAGCCAUCACAAUGACAUCCAAUUUUUUCCUGACUUGAAAAUGCGCGUCAUUAUUAAUGGAUUAGAGAUUAUGUUUAAAAAUACUCAGUUCAAACAAGAUUCGGAAACCACGCAUUCUAUAUUGCGAGAUAUUUUAUUGCGAUUGAGAGUCAUUGCGAAUGAGAGCGAAGGCACUCAGAUGCAAACGUUACUAUUAUUCCCAAAGGAUGAAUUCAAGAUCAGUGUCCCCGUCGGUGAUACAGGACGAUACAAGAGAAUGAGAUCAAAUCACAAUGGGAAUAGUUUAGGGGAAUAUGUCUGUAAAUUUUAUGCAGACCGCGUUAUGUGA